GUGGAGGCUCCCCGCCAAAAUCAUUAAUGCAAUUUACAAAUUCAAGCUGCGCAUCAUGAUAUUUCUGCUCAAACUAAUGCUUCAAUCACACAUUGCACAUAUCUAAGAAAGCAAAAUCCUGCAUUUUGACUAUUCGAGGCAAUUAAAACACCGAGGUUGAGGUAAUAAGGUUUUUUGCCGCAUGAGCCCUCGAAUGAUCACAGACAAGACGCAACGAACGACACUACACGAAUCGAACGAAUAAUAACACUGUGAAAUAUUAGCUGCGAUCCAGAUACAAUGGCGAGACUAAAUAAUACACUCAUUGUCUACAAACGCAAACCCUACAAACCGGUUCCGAAUUUGACGGCCGCACACCGACGCAAUGUGCUCGAGGCAAGGAAGGAGAAUGAAACGGAGAAUGGUGGAGCUGCAAAGAAGGGCAAACAAGCUACUACACCGGAAGAAAGUUCUGCUCGAGAAUCCUUUGGAACGGUCAAUCAAUUUAACAAUAUGGUUGGUUCGAGGGCACCGGUUGCGCAGAUGAUUGCGAGCACGGCAGAUAGAGAGGAAGUCAAUGGGAGUUCGACAGAGCAGUUAAUAAGUGGACGCAAAGCUCACGUAGAGGAAAGAGUGGAUGGCGAAGGGGAUGGUCAGAAGGACAAAGGAGUUAAUGAAACUGAAGCUCAGAACCAGUCUCAGCAAGAAGUGACACUUCCGAAUUCACCGCAGUCUCGAGGAACAAAAACGCCGACUAAGAAAGCAAUUGUGAAGAAGACUGCCGAGUUACAAAGUUCACGACUUCACCAAGAGAGAAGAACGCCGCCCAGUAUGUCGAAAAAGGCACAACAGUCUACUCCGGUAAAUAAAGCAGGGUUGACGGAGGAUGUAACAACAGAGAAAGAUACUCCUCGCAGAGGAGGAAGCCAAAAAAAUUCGGACGGUGCAAUUUUAACACCCGUUAAAGAAACUGAAAUUGUAGCUUCAGCAAAGAAGCCAAAGCUUAGCGGCAAUCCAAGUGCCAAUCCAAAAGCUUUGGCCAAGGAACUCACUCCUAUAGUCGAACAGGACAAGGAAUCCGCUCCUGUAGUCGAACAAGUCAAGGGACUCACUUCUAUAGUCAAAGAGGUCGAACAUGAGGACGGUUCUGAGGAGGAAAAUGUGACCGAAAGUAUAGUCGAAAAUUCCUAUCAGCCGAAUAUAGUGCACCAGUCUCGAAGGGAUGGCGAGAAUAAUAAGCAAUGGCUUAUAGAGUGGAAAGGAUAUCCAAAGCAAAAAGAUUGGACCUGGGAGUCAGUUGAGAUGUUGAGGGAGGAUUGUCCAGAAUGGGUCGAAGAAAAGGAGAAUGAUUCGUUGAAUGGAGACGCUGAUGUUCACGAGGUCGAGAAAAUUUUGGACAAGCGGAAGGUUAGGGGCAAGGUACAAUACCGUGUGAAGUGGGAGGGUUGGGAAGCCAAUUACAAUACAUGGGAACCUGCGGAAAUGUUGGAAUGUGAUGUCCCGUAUAUGGUGGAGGAUUUUGAAGAGGAGCUCAAGAAGACCGAGAAGAAACGAAAUGCAGGAAAAGCAGAUAUGGAUGCUGAGCCACCUGCAGCAAAGAAAAGAGGCCGACCUAGAAAGUGAGGGACACUUGACUUUGUAUUCAUGUUUUAUGAAAGAUCGUUUAGCGUGUGAAUUGAUUGGUUAAUGGAUGGGUCAUUUUCAUUUGGAGUUUAUAGGACAACGAUCACUCUGAGCAGAGUUCACAGAGCAGAUUGGAUGCACAAUACCCAAGAGAGAUUUUUCGGGUUUGCGUUUUCUUUGUCUAGGUAUCUCAUGUUUUAUUGUUGGCUACAAUGCAUAUACAGAUCGUCUAUGAGAACACUCACAGGCGUCGACUCAAAACAUAAAUCAUUAUCUUUUAUGGUUAUCUCUAUACAUAUUUGAUUACCACCAAUGUUAAGAAGAAGAGAAUUUAUAAAUGAGGAUUGGCUCAUAGUCAGCUCCGUUAGCGAGAGCUAAUGAUUUCUUGAGGGCUCGAUGACUUAUUAAUCGCAAUACGCUAGAGAAGCCUAAAUUUCUUUGCCAUAUUCACCACUGCUUUGGCUUCUCUGUUACCUCCUACUCGUACAAUGUCACCAGGAAAUCGCUCAAUAUCAACAAUCUUGCCCGAUAGCCGCUGAUUCUUUCAACUAUUUAAUCUCGUCCUUUAUGAUUGGGUGAUGGGAUGCUGUGAGUCUUGCGCCCUCGUGUCUAAGAUACUAUUGGGUACUUAGACAUCGCUUAUCUCAUUACCACAUACUGCAAUAACGUUAUCAUGUCACAGAAGGUAAUAACCAGAAAUCCCUAUCUACAAGUCCAAAGUUGGACUCGAUACAACCUCCCCAUCGAAAUGCCCUUGCCGGCAAGAGCAUCGAAGAAUUACAUUGAAGACCUCCCAGUAAUCUGGCACGAAUCGUUGACUGGUCUCACGAACGCACCCGGUUCUCUGAGGUCCAGAUGUGCUCGAAAUAUUGAGAAUCCCCAAGAAGUGUUUUUUGCUAUCGGUUAGCAGUCAAAUCCUCGAUCUCUCAUGAAAAAAAUUUCCGAUAUGAUUUCUUGUUUAAUCUGAUCUCAAUACAGAAUGGGGGGAUGACCCCUCGUUCAAAGCGUCGCUGGAAUCUCCCGCUUAUCAUCUAUAUCUACGAGGAUUUGGGAUUCAUGACUCACAUAUUCCGAAUGCUAUGGUUUCUCUCCUCCCGUCCUUUGAUGUGUCUACAUUUAGCCCGGGGGGAGGGGGUAACGGUAUUCACCCACAGCUUCGAAUGUCCAGCUACUGAGCAAAAUCGUCACAAUGUAAGAGAUGCGCAAGGACUUCUUGUCAACAGAAGAUUUGGUACGUUAGGGAUUCCAUGUCAGCAUGCGUAGAUUCGAGAGCCGCAUACAGGAGAUCAUGGACAGUUGGUGGAAAAGGGAGUGGCGGUACAGGCUUGGCCUAAUACAGAGCCACCAAUUAUUUUUGAAGCUGUGGAUCAAGAUGAGAAUGCGAGAGAUAAUUUGAGAAAGCAGGUUAGGAGGAUCAACCCUGUCAAUAUGGAGGAGAUAACAUGGAAUGUAGUGAAAGUUGAAGAUGAGGAUGGAGAUGAGUAUGAUUAUGAGGGGGGAGGAGGAGAGAGGACGUGAAAGAUUAAGCACUUGAUGAAGUCUACAAGGUAAGACCAGAAAGACCACCAUGAUGGAUCCACAUUUUACCUUUACAGAAUAAGUUUAAUUUAUCGACAUGACA